AAAUACAUUUAAAAUCAGAAAAACAGCUGUUCACCACUGGUCUUGCCGUUUGUAAACAAAUCUAAAAUUAGUUAUUUAAUAGUGGAGAUUGCACGCAAACAUGCUUAAAAUCGUUAAUGCUGCAAAUAAUUUCGGUUAUAAUCACUCAAAGUCCAAAUGUGCCGAAAUUCAUUAUCAAUCUUCAACAUUUUCGAUUUUAUGCAUUUUCUGUGGUUUGAAAACGCUUGCGUUUUCUGAAUUCUGUGAACAUUUUAAAAAACAUUGUGAAGAAUUCACGGACGAAUUGUCUGACACAGAAGUAUUGAUUAUUAAUAUUGAAAACAACAGUACGACAAAUUCCAAUUGCAAGCACGAUCCAUUGAAAUUAGAAGCCGCAGAUAUCACAAAUGAUUCGGAUGUGGGAUUAAACAUUCUUGGGACAUCUAAUCAAGGAACAAUAAAUAAAAUAGAAAAUAAAAACGAUGAAAGUCUUAGUGUUAAUCAGUUGUUUCGGCACAAACCAGUAUUUGUGGGACUACAAUAUGAUAAGAAUAUUGUGAAAAACAAAAUAAAAGAGGAAGUUACUGGCGUGUACACGAAAUCUACUAAAACAAAUUUGGUAGAUUGUUCAACUUAUAAAAGGACUUCAGGCCAUGAAAACACCAGUGAAAGCGAAAGUGAUCAAACAGAUUCAAACCACACAGAAAGUAAGGCAAAAGAAUGUAUUGAUUGGACGAAAUCCUACGAACCAAAUUUGUUAAAAAAUAGUGACAAACGUCCUUACAAAGCACGUAAUACGCCAAAUAUGUGCACAUAUUGUGGUAAAACAUUUCGACGCCGUUUGCAGCUGGAUACGCAUUUAAAUAUACACACCGGUUCCAAACCACACCAAUGUGAGAUUUGCGGACGUCAAUUUCGUGCAGUGACAACAUUAGCUCGCCAUCGCAAUACCCACCAAAAUCGUUCCGAUUUCUGCUGUAAAUUUUGUUCGAAAUCUUUUUCUCGGCGCGCAGCAAUGUUAAGCCACGAAUUGAGGCACACACAAGAGCGACGCGUACCAUGCGACAAGUGUGAAAAGCUAUUCUACACGGUUAAUCAAAUGGAUACACAUAAACGAAAACUUCAUCAUAUGACGGAUGAUGCAUCCUUACCAUUUCAAUGUAAUUUGUGCACAAAUCGUUAUCGCAGUGCUUCUAUGUUAAGUACACAUAAGUUGAAAAAACACUAUAAAACUGCAAAAAUAUUUUGUGAGCAAUGUGACAAAAAAUUCAUUGAUGAAGCUCAAUUAGAGGUUCACAAAACUAUACACAAACCAACUCUUAAACAUAAUUCUUAUCAAAUUGAUACAUUUAGUAAAUAAUAUCGUUCUUUUAACUACUUUGAAUUUUUGUCGUUGAAAUAUCAUCACUCAUCAAAUAUCUUUCGAUUG